GCUCUCUCGGCGCUGGCAUCGCUCGCAGUCGGAGUUUAGCUAUCACAGAAAGGAGACGUGAUUAUCAGCAUGGCCUGGGAACCCCACGUGAACGGGCUGGCCAGGGUGCCUGUAUCUCACUGGAACGAAGCCUUUGAAGAAGCAGCCAAGUAUAUUUCUAAAAGGUUGUACUCUGAGGAAGAUUUUGAGGAGACAGAUGAAAGAGCAAAAAGAAGCAAAUUAGGUGAUGAGGAACACCUGGAUGAAGUACCUGUAAUCAGUGAAGCAGUACUUAGAGAAUUUAAUGACUCAUACCAGAGGAUUCCAAUUCCUUUGGACUCUUCAUCAGCUCCCCAAUCUGAUUGUGAACAGGAAGACACAGAAGAGACAGAAGAGGAAGUUGCCAAAGGCCAAGACUUCUUGGUUCAAGAUUCCCCUGAAGAGGCAAGAUUUAGCAUUGAACAAAAAUUCCUACUGGAGAUGCCAAGUGACUUUUUUGACUUAUGGGAAUGUUGUUCAAAUAUUAACAAAGAAAAACCAGAAGAGGCAUUGCUGAAGGCUGGCCUAACAUUGGUGGGUCCAUAUGACGUCAUGACGGGGAAGCUGAAGAAGAUAAAAGAGAGAAAAGUAUCUCACUAUGUUUGUCAUUGGAGAUAUUACUACGAUCCUCCAGAAUUCAUGACUGUGAUAGCUGGAGAUAAGGAUGAAUUCCACAUUGGAUAUUAUCGGGAUGACCCAUUUCAUAUGCCUUGUUUUGUGGCAUCAAUGUCCUCUGUUAAACAAGGCCAAAUUAAACCCUUGGGAGAAAAUAUAUUUGCUGGAGUCUGUUCCUACUUAACACAAAGGAUGAAGGAAGAAAAUCCAUUCAAGAAAGCUCCUCUACUGAGACUUUACAAGGAAAUAGAAUCUUUUGCCAAGAAAAAAGAUUACUCUCUGUUGGCUGUCACCAAAAAUAUGAAGAAGAGGAAUAAAAAGGUAGUGGCCAAGACCUUCCAUGGUGCCGGCAUUGUGGUUCCUGUAGAGAAUGAUGUGGGAUACAGAGAGCUUCCUGAAACAUAUGGGAAUCUGAAGAAGAUGCUACAGAAGGUGGUAGACUCCAAAAAUGAGGAUGAACAGAUAAAGAACUUUGAUGCUAUUCAGGAAAUUAUAACCAAUGUGCAGUUUGCCUUUGAUGAAGGAGAUAGUGGUACAGGCAUUGAGCUCGGACUGAACCUCUUCACCUUCGGGGGAGAAGUCUUCCACAAACCCUUAAUGCACUUACUGAGUGUGGGUUAUGACUUGCUUGAGAGGGACCCUUUCAUUGACAUAUUACAGGCUCAUCUCAGAAACAGAAGGCGAGGUAGUCAGGUGAGCAUCCUUGACACUGAUAGUUGAGCUGCUGGUGCCCCUGGCACCUUGUUUAGUGGAGUCACUCAUGUGUUAUUUGUAAGCAACAUAUUUAGUUCCUCCUAAUUUAAUAUUGAAACAUACUUUUAUUUUUGCAACUUUUUUAGCAUUUGUGCCUGUGUAGUAAUGACAUGGCACAUGUAUGUAGGUAUAUUAAGUAAAAGCCAUCUCCUUAGGGAGAGUGAAAGGGAAGACAUUAUGUCUUUGAAUAUUAUACUACUAGUAGAUGUUUGUAUUGUAGAAUAGUAUAAGCAUUUCUUUUAAAAGGGCAUCAUUAUCUAUCAUAUAUAUAUUUAUUAAGUCAAAAGAAUAGACCUCAAGAUAGUCAAAAAAAAAAAAUCCGUCUCUUUUUGCAGACCCCACGAUAGUAAAAAAAAAAAAAAUCAGUCUCACUUCUUGCAGUAGGUUCCUAGGUCACUCAUGACCCUCUCAUUCUUCUCUCAUCUAUCUCAAUGCACAAUCCUGAUCUCUACUUGCCCACAUUUUUUUUUCUUUUAUCAAACCAACCAGACUAAUUCAUACUCUUUCUUUCUAUCAUUCAUAUUCCUUAUUUGAAUGAUUUCAAAGCAACUAAAGUGUUUUGCUUCACUCAUCCAGCCACUUCCCUUUGCUUUUGUUUUCAUAUUAAUUUCUGAAGUAGUUCACCUUGGUUUCCUUUAUUUCACUUUCCCUUCCCUCAUUCAUAUAUUUAAAGCUACCAUAUCAUAGAUAAUGCAGUAUCCAUACUCACAUUCUUUUCAUUAUGUUAUGCUGUGUCAAAAUUUAAUAAGAUUCUGACUUCCCAUUCAUCCCUAGUUGCAGUAUUCUUGGUGAUAGUGCUGAAUUAUGUUUAAGCAUCAUUCUAUUGGCUAGAAUGAUACAGUUAGCGCGGACCGUAGUGCAAACUUCAGAAAAAACUCAAUUUCAUUUAUUAAAAAAAUCCAAAAAAUAAAAUAAAAACCUACACUUCAAAAUUACUUGGGGAUCGGGAAGCCCUUGGCCUUAAUGACCUGUUUAAGUCUGUUUGGGACUGAAUCGGCCAAAUUCUGACAGUGGGAAGCAGGUAUUUCAUCCCAAACCUUCUGAAUGGCUAAUUCAAGCUUAGGAAUAGUUGAUGUGUCCUCCUGACGAAGGCAUGCCUUCAUGAUGCCCCACAAGUUUUCAAUGGGGGAAAUAUCGGGUGACUGACCAGGCCAAUCCCUUAUAUACUCAACUUCACAAUCAUUGAGCCAUUUUUUUGCCGCCUUAGAGGUGUGGCAAGGGGCGCCGUCCUGCUGCAGGAUCUCACAUCCGGUUUUUGCAAAACACUCUCCCAAAUUCUCCUGCAGAAGUUUAAUAUAGCGCUCUGAGUUGACAGUCUGGCCCUUAGGGAGUAUUGCAAGGUUUCCCAAACCACCAUAGCCAAAGGCACCCCAAACCAUGAGAUAGGGUGGGUGUUUAACACUUGUCACCGUCAGGCGUGGGUCACAUGCUGACGCAGCAGGAGACUUCCACACCUUCUUUCCCUUGCUCUCGCUGAUACAAAAGAUCGCCUCAUCAGUCCAAAGUACCAUUCUCCAGGCUGUAAUGUCCCAGUCUUUGUAUUCUUUGGCAAAUUUGACGCGUCGAGCCCUUUGUCGGGCAGUGACCAAGGGCUUAACACGUGCUUUAACUUUCGAGUAAUUUAAGCGCUUCUGAAUAUUUUCUUGAAUUGUCCUAAUAGAGACUCCUCCAAGAAGUUUAGGGUUCUUUUCCUUCAAUUCCUUUGCAGUAAUAGAAGGUUGGAGGUCCAAUUGACGCUUUACAAGCCUUAAAGCCUUUGGAGAUAUAGCAAGGGCCUUGCCCCCAGCAUGUUUGUGGGUGGGCACAAAAUCACCCUUGCCACCCACACGCCAUUUAUUAAGGAGUCUGGACACAGUUGAUUCUGUCAAUCCAACUAAAUGGGCUAUUUCUCGAUUAUUUUUACCUACUUUGUGGAGUUCAACAACUCUCACGACAUCAUCAUGCUUUGUACGGUUUCCAGGCAUCAUGCAAAGAGCAUAGCACGCCCAAAAGGACAGCAAAAAUAAUGGUAAAAGCUAAAGAAAUUCUGAGACAAAGCCAGGAAAAACGAACUCUCCGCUGGCCAGUAACACACUGAGACCGAGAAACGUGACGCGCGGCGGGUAGGAGUGUUGGGGAAGGAUGCCGGUUAGUCACUUUCUCCCGGCUUGAUUUUGGUUACACAGAAUCAUAUGGUUCCCCAAAACGCGGAUCGUAGUGCAAACUCAAAAAGUUUGCACUACGGUCCGCGCUAACUGUAAGUGAAUUUUUAUAAGGUAUUGCAUUCUUGUUUUGUUAUUAUGUGUGUCUUGAGCCUGUUAUAGAGAUUGAAUGUGUAUGUCAUCCUCAGUUAUGGUCACUAGCUUUAGACAUUGUGAUAUUGCUGGAUCCAGUGAAAAUGAUGAGUCAGCCUGAAAGUAUAUUUCACCAGUGUUACAAAGUUUAUUUAAGAGAAACUUACACCUGGAGCUUAACAAUAGUUGAUUGGUCCUUGAACUGGAAGAGCGUUCAAGUGGUAUAAUUAAUACAUUGGUUUUCCCUCCAUUGGGAUUGCACCAUUGAAACUACAUAUAUGACCAAAUAUUUGUAUACAAUGCAAGUAAUGGUUAGUAAUAAAACAUAAUUAAAUGUAUUAGUAAAUAUUAUCACAUACACCUUGAAAACAGAAUGUACAUAAAACUUGCAUAUGUACAUAAUUGCCACUGGUUGCUUGACUUGAAGCUUUUUUCUUAUCAGUCAAUAACAGGUCAGCUGUGUUUUUCCAAAACUUUACUAGGCUCUAGGUGGAAGUCUCACUUGAACCAUGGCAGCAUUAUAAAUGGUCAAAACACAGUGCCUUUUUGGAGUGCACCAGCCAACCAAACAUCAUUGUUUAUAAUGAUUCAUCAUAAAUAUUAUUGUGUGGUUUAUGUUUGCAUAGUUAGUUGAUAUUGAAGUUUGUCUGAAUUCAUUAUCACCAGUCACUGCUGUUGUCAGACAUUUUUUUUCCUUCUUGAGUUCAAGCAGAUGGCACUUGGCUGGCAAGGCACUAACAGCAAAGAUCAUUCACUGCAGGAGUAAUAAACCAUAGUUCUGUUGUUGUGACCUUUUGUUACACCCCUAAAGCAAAUAACAGGUGAUAGCUUUGGAUGCCAGACUUGUAAUUUAUGUUUAGGGGAAAAGUAGGUAGUUCUGAAUAUAUAUAGCAUGCUAUGUAUCAGUGGAUAUGGAGGCUUCCACUAAACCAUUAAAACCAGAUAUGGUACCAUAGCUGCAUUUCUAAAGUAUGUAUAUCAGUAGACAUUGAGCUUUUCAGAAUAUGUACUGUUAGAAGUGAGGUCUCUAUACAUUAAUAAACAUAUGUUCGAUUUACUUGCAUAAUACCCAAAGUGCAGCUAGAUACUGGUAGUGGGUUAGUCAACCAUCACUAGUGCCUUGAGUCCUUGGGUGGGACUUGUGUUAUGAGUAUUAUAAUAAAAAUACUUAAGAA